UGGGCACGCACGCACGCACACACACACUCACUCACACACACACCCUUUCUUGAGGUUCUGGGAGCAGCAGCAGCUGCGGUGGUUAGCGUUGAAAGACAUUGGCCGUUGACUGGAGUUAGCUGCAGCCCUGUCGGUUGAAUGAAUGGAUGCACCAACGAGCCUCUUAGGAUUGGAUUCUCGUAUUGGAAUUUCACGAGAGAGGAGGAGGAUAUCUAUUCUGGGAUUUGUUUUAUUUCUAUGCUCUCCAUCUUUUUUUCUCUCCGCACCCUUUCCCGGUGUGGUGUCGUCGAGGACGAGCAGGUCUUGCGCCUGAUCGGAGGCCGAUGGAGGUGGAUUUGGCCUUUGCUACACUCUGCAAUCUAUAGAGCUUUUCAGUGGAGGUCAGGGUAAAGGGCGCUUUUCUUUCUCUUUUUUUCUUCAAAAGGGGGGCUCUUUUGUUUUCCGGGGCUCGGCUGAGCGAGCCCUGUAGCUCCCAUGGUGAAUUGAGCUAUUGUAGGAGAAGAGGCCUUGACAGCUAAGCUGCCGAUUCUCUACCCAUCUCUUCUCCCUCCUCUCUCCCCCCUAUUCCCCUCCAUCAAAAAAAUCUCCAUUCACCUGAAAACCAACCUUCCUUCCCCACACCUCCAUCUCUCCUCGCCAUCCUCUCUCCUUGCCUCCCAUGCCCCAUUUCCUUCAUCCCUACCCCUACCCCUGCCACCCCCUCCCCUCCCGCAGCAUAGCGGCUACGUAAUGCGCCUCCCGACGCAUGCGAACAGGGAUGCUACAAAUGGUGGUUUGGACUGAUCGCUGACAUAAAAAAAAGGGUGAUGCCUCGCGCAACCACCACCCGCCGCAAUGGAUCAGCCCGGGAAAAUGCAGCAGAUGCCAAUCCACCGCAGUCUGGAUUGAGGGGCGGCUGUAGUAGCUUGCCUGUGGAUGUGAAUGAGAAAACGUGCGUGUGUGUGUAUGCAAGCGUGCACGCUGGUCCUCGGUCAUGUCUCUCGCCUGAUCUCUUGCACGGGGCGUCCCUGCUGAUGUGGGGGAGGCACUAAGCCUCAGGUCGGCCUCCCCCCAAACACAGUAGUAGCCCCCGUGGCAGGCCGCUUGCCCCUGGGGUCGCUAUGAAGAAGACCCGCAGCACCAACCUGCGGCGGGCCUGGCCCAGUUCGGACCUGUCUGAGCGGCUGCCGGAGCGCACCCGCUCCAGGAGCGAGAAGGACUUCCGUCUCCAGCAGAAACACCACCACACUCCCCCUCCUCCACCCCACAUCUCACCAGGGCUCCCCGGGGCUACCAAAUGCCAGGUGAUGUGUCUCCCAUCAGCAUGUCUCCUAUCAGCCAGUCUCAGUUCAUCCCACUGGGGGAGAUCCUGUGUCUGGCUAUCUCAGCCAUGAACUCUGCUCGCAAGCCCGUCAGCCAGGAGGCCCUGAUGGAACACCUAGCCACCUGCUUCCCAGGUGUUCCGACACCGAGCUCAGAGAUUCUGCGACACACCCUAAACAUGCUGGUGCGAGAAAGGAAAAUCUACCCAACACCUGAGGGCUACUUCAUUGUCACUCCCCAGACCUACUUUAUCACCCCCAACCUCAUCCGAUCAAACAGCAAGUGGUACCACCUGGACGACCGGCAGCAACAACAGCAGCAGCAGUGCACCUCCCCACAGUCGGGCACCAUCACGCCCUCCACCCCGGGCUGCGUGAGGGAGAGGCCCAACCAGAAGAACCACGGUGACUCCUACAGCACGUACCGCGAUGAUACGCCCAUCCCUCAAGCCCCCGCUUACCAGAGGAAGUCUCCCAAGGAGCCUCGGGGAGAUCCCCCCUCCUACCCUCAGCCCCCUCCGGCUCCCGUUCAGACGCCGACGUCACAGUUGCAAGAUCCUCUGACGGACAAGAGCAAGAGCAAUGCCCCCUUCCCCUACAAGACCGACACGCUGACCAAAAAGAAGGAGGGCAGUGGUGGCGGCAGCAGUGCCGAGAAGCAAUCAAAGAAGUUUGGGCUGAAGCUGUUCAGGCUGAGUUUCAAGAAAGACAAGCUGAGGCAGCUGGCCACGUUCUCGGCCCAGUUCCCCCCCGAGGAAUGGCCCCUCCGUGAUGAGGACGCGCCUGCAAUCACCAUUCCCCGCACUGUGGAGAUGGAGAUCAUCCGGCGGAUCAACCCGGACCUGACGGUGGAGAAUGUGGCGCGCCACACGGCCGUAAUGAAAAGGCUGGAGGAGGAGCGUGCCCAGAGGAGAAAAGCAGGCAGCUCAGCUGAGCACAGUGCACGCAGCCGGAGGAGUCGUGGUCACCGUCGGGUGCCGCACGGCAAGUCCCGUUCACACAGCAAGACACGCGCCUCCCGGGGCGACCCGUCCGAGAGUUCCAAACUGGACAUGGCCAUGGUGGACAGGGAUUACAGCCGCUUCUUCAGCCACUCGCUGGUGCGCUCCCCGCGUGAGGCCAUGUACACCUUGGAGCGCAAACGAAGCGGCGGGACUUACAUGGUCCACAGCAACCCCAACAUCACAGAGUCCCACUUCCCCGUCACCCCGGAGUGGGACGUGUCCGGGGAGUUGGCGAAAAGGAGGACAGAGAUGCCUUUCCCCGAGCCCUCUCGCGGGACAUCCAGCGGGAGAGUGCACCGAAGCCACAGUCACACUCAAGAAGGAAGGAAGUCGCGCGAUGAGCUGCCCGACCAGGCUAAGGAAAGGUCCCGCUCCAUGGAUAACGCUUUGAGCCCUCUGGGCGGAAUGGGCCCCUCCUCUUUGGGGAUGUCAGAGGACUAUGAGCGGAGUCCAGAUGAGCGGAGUCGUUACUACACAGAUGACGGGACUUUGCGGGCCUCCCAGAAGUCGUCCCACUACUCAAGGAUCAUGUUCUCGGCUGCUAAGUUCAACUCUGAAAUGUGUGUGCCUGAUGUGGGGAAGGGGAGCUUAGGGAAGGGGAGCUUAGGGAAAGGGAGCUUGGACGAGUCUAGGAUACGAAGCCCGCUGGAAAGGAACAAGAGUAGAGACAGCUUGCCGGCCUACAGUGAUCUGAAGGGACUCUCGCCCAAGCCCUCGGCGGAUGACUACUUCCAGUGCAAUACGUCGAACGAAACAAUCCUUACCGCCCCUUCACCUCUGUCAAAAGCAGACCACGACACGUUAACCUCGUCUGAGGGAAUCCGGAAGGGCACUCCGGCUGAUCGCCACACCCCUCACCUUACCUCUCCCCUCACGAUGGAAUACAAAGAGGACUCUUUGGCAAAGGGGCAAAACGGCUCAAAACGGCCAACACCAAGCCAGACCCCAGAGCCCAUGCCUAACGGACGUUUGACACAACAUCAACACAACGUAGACCCUGGAGGGGGAGGCGGUGGCGGCAUGGCGGACAAGAGGAAGGAGAUCUUCAGCAAGGACACUUUGUUCAAGCCUCCACACAACGCACUGACUGCAGGCUAUGUGGAGGGCACCUACACCAAGUCGGGCACCCUGCGAAAGACCCCACACAUCAAAUCAGCCGAGGUCCUUGACAAUCAAGAGGCCCAGCAGCCUUCGAAUUCAGCAGCUUCCCCCGCUUCCGCCCUGGGCCCCCAGGGCUCCGAGCCAGCGGUCCCGUCAGCCUCCGAGGCCGCCUUUGACUACUACAAUGUGUCGGACGAUGACGAGGAGGUGGUGGCGGAGGAGGCCUCGCGGAAUGAAUUAGUGGCGGCAGAGGGCAAAGGGCACGGGGAGGGUGGGGGUGGAGUCGGAACCAUGCAGUGGCUUCUGGAGCGGGAGAAGGAGCGUGAUCUGCAGCGCAAGUUUGAGACCAACCUCAAGCUGCUCAGCCCCAAGGAGACAGAGAACAGCAGCAGCCAGAAGUCAGCGCACUCGGCACGUCUGGAUAGCAUGGACAGCAGCAGCGUGACUGUAGACAGUGGAUUCAACUCCCCAAGGACACGUGAAAGCCUGGCUUCCAACACGUCGAGCAUCAUGGACAGCAAUAGACGACAGAAUCCAGCAUUGAGUCCGGGCCACAUGGGCACCACCAGCAUUGGUCCGCCGUUCAGCUUUCGCGCCAUCCCAGAACCCCCCCAUACCGCACAGCCUGAGAAACUGCAGAAGUCUUCAACCUGCCUGGCGUCCAUCACCAGCGUCUGACCUGACAUACAGACAGACAUCAAGGCCUGAGAUGGAGGAGGUGGAUUAUUAAGGUUAUGGUAGGGACCAUUGGGGGUCGGGUAAUAGGGGGGGUGGAGGAGGCAGAAGUUGAGUCACGUUGUGCCCCCACCUUCUCCUCACCCAUCCACACACACGUCCACCCUCCCUCACCCAACCCCAGAAAAUCCAACUACUACUGGGACUGUUAACCAGACAGGCAUGGCUUCCAUAGACUGUUCCCAUAGCUUCAAAAACUUCACUGCAAAAAACAAACAAACAAAUUGACAACCACGAAAUAACGAAACUAUCCUGACCAGAUUAAUUUUGUCUCCCAUUACAAGAGAGCCGAUCAGGAAUUAUCUUGAUUUGGAUUAUAUCGACUUUGAUUUUGUUUUUGAGAUGGAUUUCCAGAUUCCUCAAUGUUGGUAUUAGAGAAAUGUUGAUACAUUUAGGAUUGGAGUCACAUUUGGGAAAAUCUAUACUUUUACGUGUUAUUUCCAAUCCAUGUCCAAUGAAAUGUUUUCUAUCAAGAAUUAUAAAUAAUUUAUCAGGAGAAUUAUCUUAUUUGUAUGUUGAUGUUGAUGGACAGUAUUACAAAUAAUGAAGGAAGAGAUAAGAGAUAAGAAGGUGGAAAGGCAAAAUGUCAGAGGUUUUGAUUUGUGUAGUGCAAAGCAAAAUAGGCUAUUGUAGUUCUAUCCAUACAGUAUAAUUUAUUCAUAAGUACAAUAAUGUAUACUCAAUUCUUUUUUUAUGUUUAAAUGACCAAAACAAAAUCAUUAAAACUAAUAAUGACAAUUUAGUAAGGGAAAACAGUUGUUUUACAUUGUUAGUUGAAUUAUUACGUUUCCAUCCUGGAGCACUAAUGUGCCUUUUCUGUGGUAUUUAUGACUAAAUUUAAACAAUUUUACAUUUCUUUAUCCAACAUAUAAUCUCAGGUCAUAAGAAUUUAUUCUCUUGAACACAAGCACACACACUCUGUCUGUAAUCUGGUUGGUGGUGUGUGAGGAGUUAACCUCGCUGAUCAGUGGCUCUCUGAGUGUUGUAAUUGGUUUGAAAGGACUUGACUUUUCUGUUUGUUUCAGAUGUGUUUGCCUUUUCACAACAUGUUUGCCAGAGUGUGCAUAGAUAGACCAUAAAAUGGUUGCAGCGGGUGUAAAUUGUAACUAUAUAUCCCAGGGGUAUAGGACAGAAAAGCGCCUUGUUUCCCUGAACAUGUUUAUCACUAUCAUCGCCAGAGCCAUCAAGGCAUUUAUACAACUUAUGUCUGCGGUUUUUCCUUGAAAUGAAGUGUUGUUUUAUGAAAUUGACCAGCUACUAAAUUGUCUUGCAAAUUGCAAAAUCUCACAAAAUAUUAGAGCAUGCGGACUAGUGAUGGCUACCUUGCAAGAGAAUAGUGAAGAGUUAUUGCAGUCCUGCCUCUUUAUUCACAAUAUUGUUUGUAUCACAAUACUGUAAGUAUUGUGUAUUUGGAAUUUGUUUUUCUUGUACAGGUGCUAAGAUUUCUAUAUGAAACGCUCUAUUCAAUCCGUAACACUGAAGAUCUGUUUUAUAGCGCGAUUGACAAUUAAAGGCAAUGGUUUGAAAGGACUUUACAUUUCUCUUUGUUUCAGAUAUGUUUGCAGAGACUGCAUUCACGGUAAACGCUGCAUAUGUCGGCCCAAUCGGAAAUUACCUUUACAUUUGAAAAAUCAAAUCAAAUUUUAUUGGUCAUACACACAUAUUUAGCAGAUGUUAUUGCGGGUGUAGCGAAAUGCCUGUAAACGCAGGAUCUUCUGCGAUUCUUUGGCGAUACUUCGGCGAUACGGAUUGAAUCCAGUCCUGAGAAAAGAGCCAGAAAAUGCUUGCACUUUGAAACGCUGCUCAGACGCAGCAAUUGUCCUGAAACAAGUCCAUGCAUCAAAGCUACAUUAGGGGUUAAGUUAAUGACUGCCCCCCCUCUCCACAGGGAACACAUGCAGAAUUGCAAUGUGUAUUAUUGGAGGAAUUUAUAUAUUUAUGAUGCCCAUAAAACACAGUAAGUUUAUCAAUCUUGCAUGAUAGUGCUCAAUUAAUGAAUUACACAUUCAAUUGUACAACUGUAUUCACUUUUACUUUGAAACACUUUUUUUGAAGUUAUCAGCAGUCUCCUCCCAGUGGGCAAAAAUGUUGGUUGAAAUGUGGUUAAAGUUAUGUCAAAUAACCUGAUUACAAUCAGUUAAAGAUACCUUUUUCAUAACAACAUCAAGAUGCCUGGGAAAGACUGCAUAACCGGAAUACAACCAGGUAAAGGAAUAUUUUUAUGGUAGCUAAAAAACCUAUAAAUAAAUUAUUUUACAAUCAGUAGCUAAUGACAUCACAAAAUAUGACCAUGACAUCACAAAAUCACAAAAUGUGAACCUGACCUCAGGACAACCAGUUUUGCCCGCUGGGAUGAUUGUAAGGCAAGAAGAUUCAAUUUUUGUCAUGACACAAAACAAGUGACAUAUCAACAUGCUCAUGGAUGUCAUGUGGUGGUGUCAUAAUCUUGUACACACCAUGUCAUAUAUCACAAAGGCUAUGUCAAUCACUAAUCAAUGUCUGGUAACUAUAGGCCAAUGGAUGAUCAGGAUCACACUUGAUAAAAGAUUAUGUGAAAUCCUAGAUUAUCAUCAAGUUAGUAACAGUGAGACGGAGUGGAGACAAAGGGAAAGAUUCAAUAAUGGAUAAUGUAGAUUAAUCAAUAUAAGCAUAGAUUUUUUUCGCAGCCACCAUACAAAACUGGCUUGCUAUUCAAGCCAGUUGCUGUGGCCGUAGUUACUUAGUUUCGUUUUCCUGACGUGUCUUUAGCAUGACGUCUGCUAUCAGAAAUGGGGCGGGAACAAUUUCUGGCCUUUUGGUAACCUAUUUGAUUGACAGGAGUCUUCCUUAGUCUAUACUAAUUUAUUGAUGGUCUUGCUCACCAAAGGCAAGACGCAGCAUUUAGAAAGCUAUAGAUAAUAGCGUUGUUUGUAGAAGUUGAUCCUAACUGCUUACAGAUAAAUGUUGUGAGGGGAGCAACAAUCAUCAGAAAAUGCACUGUGUUUAAACGUUACCUAUAUCAUUUAGGAUGAUUAGCCCUGAAGGUCUAAUGGGCAUCUUAACUAAUUAAAACAUUAAGGUGAAACUGCU